AUGUAUGUGAUUGAGAGCAAAACAGCAGCUAUAGGAUGUAUGAUACUCUCGUUAUGUUGCUUAGGAAGCUGGCCAGCGAUUUUAACUCUCUUGGAGAGAAGAGGUCGUCUUCCUCAACAUACUUUUCUUGACUUCACAGCCGCUAAUCUCUUGGCCGCAGUUGUGAUCGCAUUUACACUCGGUGAGGUUGGGAAAAGCACGUUUCAAACACCUGACUUCACCACUCAACUCUCUCAAGAUAACUGGCCGUCGGUAUUGCUUGCGGUUGCUGGCGGCGUGCUUUUGAGCGUUGGGAAUUUAGCGACUCAAUACGCUUUAGCGUUUGUCGGUUUACCGGUUACCGAAGUUAUUACCGCAAGCAUCACCGUUGUCAUUGGAACGACGUUGAAUUAUUUCUUGGACGACAAGAUAAACAGAGCGGAGGUUCUUUUCCCAGGAGUAGGUUGCUUUUUGAUAGCUGUCUUCCUUGGCGCUGCGGUUCACUCUUCUAAUGCAGCUGAUGUCAAAGCUAAACUCGAGUCUUUACCUAGCGAGUAUAAAGCUGGGACACAGGAUUUCUAUUCUUCCAUUAAAAAAGGUGAAGACAACACUGAAAAAGAGGAACCUGAUCUCGAGUCUCAUGAGAAACCAGUAGGAAAGGCGAAAGCAGGGACCGCAGGAUUCUUUGUAGAGCUAGAGAACAAAAGAGCUAUCAAGGUCUUUGGAAAGAGCAUAAUGAUCGGACUCUUCUUAACGCUCUUCGCUGGAACCUGCCUCUCUCUAUUCUCUCCUGCAUUCAACUUAGCAACAAACGAUCAGUGGAGCACAUUGCCAAGAGGAGUACCUAAGCUAGUUGUCUACACUGCCUUCUUCUACUUCUCCAUCGCGGGUUUUCUCAUCGCUCUGAUUCUAAACCUCAUCUUUCUUUACCGGCCUAUGGCAGGCUUAGCGAGAUCAUCGCUUAAAAAAUAUGUAAAUGACUCUAAAGGUAGAAGUUGGGCUGUUUUUGCUGGAUUUUUGUGUGGGUUUGGUAAUGGUUUGCAGUUUAUGGGAGGUCAAGCUGCUGGAUAUGCUGCUGCAGACUCUGUACAAGCACUUCCUCUUGUGAGCACAUUUUGGGGGAUUAUUUUGUUUGGAGAGUAUCGGAGAUCGUCGAGGAGAACCUACGUGCUUCUGGUGAGCAUGUUGCUCAUGUUUGUGGCGGCAGUGGCCAUUCUCAUGGCGUCUUCUGGUCGACGUGGUCAUCGGAAAUGA